CUUAACCACUGUGCCACCAGGGCUCCUGUUGUUGUUGAUAAGACAGGCCAGAUACACAGCCCAUCUGCUGUUGUGUCCCCAGCUUCUCCUUGGCCACUGGGCACAGUGUUGUUGCUGGGUUCAUAAAGGCUGCAGUUGUGAGUCAAGAGGCACACACAGCAAUAGGUGGGGCUCAAGUUGGGGCUGCUUUUGGGGAAUUUGCAGUUAUCAGAAAACAUGGGAGAAAUGUAUGAAAGUCUGCAGAGUACUCACAGGUUAUCUGCUUCAUAAACAUGGAUACUUUAUGAGCGUGUAAGUUAACAGCAUGAUUUCCUGACGCCGCUUUGCGGAGCAGAGGAAAUGAAUGGUGACGGCUGUCAGGGGCCUCUGCAAUUGAUCUGGGCUUCAUAUCUGUGUGACAACAGUUGUGUUUUACCAACAGAUGUGCUGCUUAAAGUGCCCUGUGAGAGUGGCCUUCGUGGUUUUUCGCUUAACAGGGUGGAAAUCUUAAGAAUUGAUUACGGAAACCAAAAGUAACGAAACGCGCUGCUGUCUAGUCGAUUCCGACUCACAGCGCCCCUACAGGACAGAGUAGAACUGCCCCAUAGCGUUUCCAAGGAGCGCCUGGUGGAUUCCAACUGCCGACCUUUUGGUUAUAGCUGUAGCUCUUAACGACUACGCCACCAGGGUUUCUGAUUAUGGAAGAGGCUAAUAAUGCCUGCCUCAUCUCCGGUCCCGUGCGACUGACCGCUUUCUCCUUUGUACCCUCGCUAGACCUUCUCCAGACAGCUCUGCUAGCCCCUCUAGCCAGACAGUGGUUUGGGGCAUGCUGCUCUUUCCCUGAUGGGGCACAAGCUUCUUGAGCACAGAGACCUCGGCUGACUGCUCCGGUGCUCCCCCUCAUAGUAUAGCCCCUGGCUGUCCUUAGGUGCCCAGUGGCUGCUGCAGUAAGGAGGGAGCAGUGGGCCGAGUCCCCCUGGGUCUCUGAGGGAAGUGGAAGGGCCAGUGUUGCUCCUGGCAUCUGGUCAUGGCACGUGUGCAGGCCUGGUGUCUGUUGGCCAGUCUCGUUCCAUAGGCUUGUUGUGCUUGCUUCACUGCUUGGUGGGCCUGUUAGGUUCCUGGAGGUGCCGGAACAGAGGGCCACACACCGGGUGACUUAAAACAACAGAAGCUUAUUCUUACACAGUUCUGGAGGCCAGAAGUCCAAGAUCAAGAUGUCUCAGGGCCAUGCUCCCUCCGAAGGCUCUAGGGGAGAAUCUGUGCCAGGCCUUUCUCUCAGCUUCUGGUGUCGCAAGCGAUCCUUGGCUGGUAGACACAUCACUGCAGUCUCUGCUUCCAUCGUCACACAGCGUGUGUGUGUGUUGUGUCUCUUCUGCUCGUUUUAUAAGGACACCAGUCUUACUGAAGUAAGGGCCCAUUCUGCUCCAGUAUGACCUCAGGUUAACUUACUACGUCCGCAACGACGCUACUUCCACCCAAGGUCACGUUCUGAGUUUUGGGGAAGGACGUGUACUUUGGGAAAACACGUUCAACCCAGUGUCCUGGGUAUAGUUUGGGGUAGAGCGUUUUCUGUUCUCCGGCUAAUCAAACUUUCUGAGUCUCAGCAAGUCAAAUAAUGUGUUUCUGUUCUGGUCAGGUUAUGACAUGUACAGCCGUAAAGGAAGUGACUUGUCAUGUGCUAUGAUAGGAGAUGGUGUGUUGGGUAAUUUCUUUCUUUUUUUGUUAAUUAACUUUCUAUGUUUCUGCAGUGAGGUGAGUUUUUUUUUUGAAUAAAUAAUACUGGGAGCUUAUGACAUAGAAGGCACAUGUGUUGCAGUUAGUGUAUUGGGAAUUAUCUGGAUUUGUUUUUGCCUCUUGAAUUCGUUUAUAACCAUUCAAAGACUGCUUUUUUAGCCAUUGGAACGAGAUGAAGAAUCUCAGAAUGUAUCUCGUCAUUUUUCAGUAGCUUGAGUUGCGGUGAUUGUCUAAGUCUCACAGCAGGUAUGUCGUGGACAUUUUGUUGUGUUUUGACUUCCAGCCAUCUUGAUAGCUUCCGCUUAAGAAAGCCCCGACGGGGUUGAGGCUAGCAGUGCGUUUUUCUCUCAUGUGACGUGACGUCUGGAGGUAGCUGACCGUGGCCGCUGCAGUGGCCCCAUAAGGAUCCAGGAGCAAUGGCUCCUCUCUCCCUUCGCUCCGUCAUCCUUGGUGUGUGCCUGCCAUCCUCAAGGCUGCCUCGGGGUUGGGCACUUGCCAGCCCAGCCCUCCAGGCGCAUUCAACAAGUCCUGGUUUACUGGGGGACAAACAGCCCCAACACCUCAGGGACAAGAGCAGCAGUUAGCCGCAAGGUGGGGUUCAGAUAUGUUCUCAAGCCUGUCAUUCGAGGACCCAGGCUGGAGCAGCAGCUACCAGGGACAGUCUCUACUUGGCAGAGGCCAGGAGCCCCUCUGCUGGGUACUGGCACACUGUCACUUCCUCCCCCAUCCUAGCAAUUGAAGCAGGACAUGUGAGCAAGCCCAGAGCCAGGGGCAGGGUGUGUGCCCUGCCCCCAGUGAAGGGGCAGGAACAGCCGGGAGUGGAGACUGAUAAGCAAAUGACACCCUUUGCCGCCAUCUUGUUGGUCAGACUGUCGUCACCCGGCUGUGCUUGGAGGCUGGGAAAUACUGUGUUUUAGCCAAGCACAGACUCCUUUUAGUACGGAGAUGGAGAGCCUGGAUUAUGAGUAGGCUGCCAGCUGUGCCGGCCCCGGGAGAACAGGGAAGAAAAGUCAGAAGACCAAGACCUCCAGGGCCUCAAGGACAAGCCCCUGAAGCUGAAGAAGUUGAAGAAGGAUAAGAAGGAGGACAAAGAGGCCAAGCAUGAGCCGCUGCAGUCGUCUGCCCACCACUCUGCUGAGCCAGCCGAGGCGGGCAAGGCGGAGACAUCCGAGGGGUCAGGCUCUGCCCCGGCCGUCCCAGAGGCCUCUGCCUCCCCCAAACAGCGGCGCUCAAUCAUUCGUGACCGGGGCCCCAUGUAUGAUGAUCCCACUCUGCCUGAAGGCUGGACACGAAAACUGAAGCAAAGGAAAUCCGGCCGCUCCGCUGGGAAGUAUGAUGUGUAUUUGAUCAACCCCCAGGGCAAAGCCUUCCGCUCUAAAGUGGAGCUGAUUGCAUACUUCGAAAAGGUAGGCGACACCUCCCUGGACCCUAAUGAUUUUGACUUCACGGUCACGGGGAGAGGGAGCCCUUCCCGGCGAGAGCAGAAACCACCUAAGAAGCCCAAAUCUCCCAAAGCUCCAGGAACUGGCAGAGGUCGGGGACGGCCCAAAGGCAGCGGCAGUGCGAGACCCAAGGCGGCGGCGUCUGAGGGCGUGCAGGUGAAAAGGGUCAUGGAGAAGAGCCCCGGGAAGCUCCUCGUCAAGAUGCCUUUCCAGGCCUCGGCGGGGGGCAAGGCGGAAGGCGGCGGGGCGACCACGUCCACCCAGGUGAUGGUCAUCAAACGCCCCGGCAGGAAGCGGAAAGCAGAGGCCGACCCCCAGGCCAUUCCCAAGAAGCGGGGCCGGAAGCCCGGCAGUGUGGUGGCAGCCGCCGCCACCGAGGCCAAGAAGAAAGCCGUGAAAGAGUCUUCCAUCCGGUCUGUGCAGGAGACCGUGCUCCCGAUCAAGAAGCGCAAGACCCGGGAGACCGUCAGCAUCGAGGUCAAAGAAGUGGUGAAGCCCCUGCUGGUGUCCACCGUGGGGGAAAAGAGCGGGAAAGGACUGAAGACCUGCAAAAGCCCCGGGCGGAAAAGCAAGGAGAGCAGCCCCAAGGGCCGCAGCAGCAGCACCUCCUCGCCCCCCAAGAAGGAGCACCACCACCACCACCACCACUCGGAGGCCCCCAAGGCCCCCGCACCGCUGCUGCCGCCUCUGCCCCCGCCUGAGCCCGAAAGCUCCAAGGACCCCAAAAGCUCCCCCGAGCCUCAGGACUUAAGCAGCAGCGUUUGCAAAGAGGAGAAGAUGGCGCGUGGAGGCCCGCUGGAGAGCGACGGCUGCCCCAAGGAACCAGCUAAGACUCAGCCCGCGGUUGCUCCCGCCGCUGCAGCCGCAGAAAAGUACAAACACCGAGGGGAGGGAGAGCGGAAAGACAUUGUUUCGUCCUCCAUGCCAAGGCCAAACAGAGAGGAGCCUGUGGACAGCCGGACGCCCGUGACAGAGAGAGUUAGCUGACUUUCAACCGAGGGGAUUGAAAAAGCAAACCAACAAGAAUAAAGGCAGCUGUUGUCUCUUCUCCUUAUGGGUAGGGCUCUGACAAAGCUUCCCGAUUAACUGAAAUAAAAAAUAUUUUUUUUUCUUUCAGUAAACUUAGAGUUUCGUGGCUUCAGGGUGGGAGUAGUUGGAGCAUUGGGAUGUUUUCUUACCGACAAGCACAGUCAGGUUGAAGACCUAACCAGGGCCAGAAGUAGCUUUGCACUUUUCUAAACUAGGCUCCUUCAACGAGGCUUGCUGCAGAUACUA